ACACGCACCAGCGACCAGACGAUUGUGUGUGUGUGUGAAUGUUUGUGGGAGACCCCUGCAGGACAGAAGAACCUCCUGUCCACGAGUCAGCAUUCAGAGAUCGUGAAUGAUUGCAAAGCAGAAAGAGACCAUUGCAGUGCGACCCUGUCCCAUGCUGAUCCCUCCUCUCAGGGGAUGGCCAAGGUCCAGGAUGGACACACGAACGCAUGUGACAGCUCUGCAAUGUUAGAGGAGAGCCAACAUGGUACGGACAGUGGUACCCUGAGUCCUGCCUCAGCUCGACAGGUCACCAUACAGCGCCACCCGACCCAAGGCUUCGGCUUCGUUGCAGGCAGCCAGAGGCCUGUCAUUGUACGCUCCGUCUCUGCAGACGGGCCCUCCUUUGGCAAGCUUCUCCCAGGAGACCAGAUCUUGGCCAUUAACGAAGAGACGGUGAGCGACGCGCCCCGAGAGAGAGUCAUAGACCUUGUAAGACGCUGCAAAGACACUAUACUUCUCGCUGUGCUGCAGCCCCAUCAGUCACCUAAGUCUGCCUUCAUAAGUGCAGCCAAAAAGGCCCGCCUGCGAACCAACCCGCCUAAAGUGCGCUUUUCAGAGCAAGUGUCCAUCAGCGACCCAGACUCAACAAUGCUCAAGGACGACUCCUUGCUACUCAUACCAAAUGUGUUGAAGGUGUUCUUGGAGAAUGGACAGAUUAAGUCCUUUACAUUUGAUAGCCGAACCACUGUUAGGGAUGUGAUCUCCUCCCUGCAGGACCGCCUCUCUCUGCGCUACAUCGAGCACUUUGCCUUGGUGCUGGAGGCCGGUGGUCUUGACCAGAAUCAGAGGUUGCAUCUGCUGCAGGACAACCAGCCUCUGACACAUGUGGUGCAUAGAACAUACUUCCAAGGGAUGAAGUGUCUGUUCCGCAUCUGCUUCUUCCCCAAGGACCCUGCAGACCUCCUGAGAAGAGAUCCCACUGCGUUUGAGUACCUCUAUAUACAGAGUCGAAAUGACGUCAUCAAGGAGCGCUUCGGCAUGGACUGGAAAUCUGACAUCACGUUACGAUUGGCUGCCCUCCAUAUCUACAUCACUGUGUCCUCCGCGCGGCCCAAUCAGAAGAUCUCUCUCAAGCAUGUUGAGAAAGAGUGGGGACUAGAGCCUUUCCUGCCCCUUACUUUGCUUCCAACGGUCAAAGAGAAAAAUGUGUGCAAGAGCCUGUCUCAGUUGCUAAAGACCUAUCAGCAUCCUCCACCAUCAGGCAACAAGGUCCCUCCUCUCCAAGGAAAGCUGCAGUACAUGCGUGUGCUCAACGACCUCCCGCCUUUUGGUGGAAUACUGUUCCACACUGUUGGACUGGAUGAGAAACAAUCAGCAACAUCACUACUGGUGGGUCCUCGACAUGGCAUUAGUCAUGUUAUUGACCUGAAAAACAACCUAACGACAGUUCUGACUGAGUUUAGUAGGGUUGCCAAGGUCCAGCUCUACCGAGAGAACCAGGGAGUGGCUCGUGUGGAGGUGACAAUCCAUGAGGCCAAGCCCCUGGUCCUACUCAUGGAAUGGCCUGAAGCCAGUAACUUUGCAUGCCUGAUCUCUGGCUACUUCAAGCUGUUUGUAGACCCUAAACGGACCAUCUACUUCAGGACUCCUGGUCAGUCUCAGCUGACCAAAGCAGAUUACAGAAGCUCCCACCAUGCUCACCCACGUUCUGUGGCUACCAGCCUGCCAAGUGGAGGGCGGCGAGGGGAUGAGAGGGAAAGCUCACACAGGGAGCCUGGGUCUUCAAGGGCCCUACUUCCGGCCGAGCCUCAGCAUCUAGGCCUGUGUCACGUCCACCUUCGAGAACAUCAACAAUUUCAAGAGCUCCAAAUACAUGCCGAAGCUGAACUGGACAUAAAUGAAAACUUUAUUUCCCAUGAGCCCCCUGGGCGGCCUCGCACCAAGUCAGACCCAACCCAGCAGAGUCCAGAGGAAAUAUCAGAGGUUUUAGAGAGCCCAGUAGGGGAGAAUGCAGGAUUCAGAAUACGAUCCCAAACAAUGAGUCAAUCCCAGAAAGCCUCACGAUACUUCUGUGACUCCUGCAAAGCCAGGCAUAAGGCCGAGGGUCUGUCACCAGCAGUGAACAGCAGCGGGAGCUCGGGGAAACACUGCUCCAGUGCUUGUGCCUCCAGAGAUGGAGGUGCUGUUGACCUUAUCCACUUACCACCUCCAGGGAAUGAAGAGGAGGAUGAGGCUGAAUGCGUUGGAGAGAAACUUCAACAACCACCACCUGCUAUUGCUGCCCCACCACCUGGCUUCAGGGACAACAGUUCAGAUGAGGAUGACCAAAAGAGAGGGAGGAGGGCUCGAGCCAGUGCCGGCCCAGGGGUCGCCUCUGGAAAGCCCGCACAAACCAAGGAAGAUGUGCCUGUGACAUUAAUUGAUAAUGUGGCCACAAGAACAGUCCGAGAUCAUGCCCAGGAGCUUGAUGAUGCUCUAGUGUCCACCUUACAGGCCCUAGAGGCUUUGGCAGCCUCUGAGGACUUCCCCCAUCAUCCUCAACAGCCCACACAGACUGCAGGGCUGAUUGUCUUAGCUGCCAUCACACCUGAGUCAUCAUUGGACUCGGGACAUGAGACCAACUCAUCUGAAUUGACAGAUGUUUCUGAGAUGAUGACGGCUAUGAAGCAGAACCACAACCAGGCCUACCUGCUCGCUCACCAUAUCAACAAAGAACGUAUCCUCUGCCGCCGUGACUUUCCCCUGGCUAUCCCUGGCUGCACUGCAAAGACCAUAGGAACUGGGGCCUUCUCUGUGGCUCAGAUCCGUGCUGGCUGUCCACCCAAGCAAGUAAUCCUCAGCAAGACAGUUCCCUUUAAAGCCAGUACCAGUAAGGACUCUGCCGUACUCAGUGUAAUGACAGAGCAGGGAGGCAACCAAGAGACUCAGACUGAACAGAAAGCAGAAAAGAAAGCACGCUCUGAGUCCACCAAAGCAAACACCCCUGAUUGCCCUUCUAAGUCGCCUGAAGAACUUAAAGUCUCAAGUUCUUCCCUGACAGCUCAAGUCAGUAAAGAUCAGAAGUUAUCAAAUUCUUCUGGGGAGACACUGAGCCAAAAGCUUUCUGAGGGUACAAGGGUGAAGACGACAGCAUCUCUUAGUACAGACCCUAGCAACAAAGCCUUACCUACCCUCCUACCCGUGGACAGAACUGCCUCUGCAAAGAUUUCUCCCACUAAUAUGUGCCAAGAUGCCAAGACUGCCUCUAUUGAGACCAUGAAGCCUUCAAGCUCUACAGAACUUUUGACAGUUGACGACCUUUUCUGCACAUGCCCAAUGCAACAAGAGCCUGGGCAUCAACUAAGACUAAAAGACCCACAGGUUCAGAAGAUUGUGGUGUUUCAAUCCUCCUCCCCCACAGAUGAUGAGCGUCUUCGGGCCAAAGGCCUUCAGCUUGCUGUCAGCAAAGAAAAUUCAGUGAGAGUAGGAGCAGAUGCUAGUUUGGCAAAACCAAGUCCUCAAAUUCAAACCAAGUACUCCCCUCGUUUGCCUGUUAAGGCAGAGAAAAAAGAGGCGAUUGAAAGUAAGACUGAGGGUGCCCAGGGCAAAUCCCACCCUGAGUCACAGAAAUGCCCCAUCAAAUCCUUACCUAUUUUAGAUGAUCUAACAACACCUAGCCCAUUUGUGGAUAAGGUCUCUACUCUCCCAGCCAGAGAGUCAAAGAAGCAUAGCAGUGGUAAGGGAAAGUCCCAACGCAGUGCCCCUUUCUUGAGCUUCAAGAACCUUCUUUCAGCUACGUUCCCAGCAAGAAUGCGGCGAGAAACAGAUGAGCGAAGGGCUCAGUUGCAGAAAGUCCGCCAGUAUGAGCUAGAGUUCUUAGAAGAGCUGCUGAAACCCAAGUCAUCCCAGGGAGAAUUUUUGCCCCAGGGAUCCUCACCUGUGCCCUCAGGCACUCCUUGUGCCUGCCAGCUCCGCACCAGCCCUGUCCUAAAAGCACCAGGAAUCUCCAGGGAACAGCGACGCAGCUGUGACUGUAAGCGAAUGUGUAGGGGCAUGCGACUACCUGAUACACCAGUUGGAUCCACAACUGAGACGCAACACAGAGGCAGAGAAAGACCUAUUUCGAAAACCCCUCCGGCCGUCUCCGAAGUACCUCAUACCCAAGGUGCUCCAAGGAGACCUCAGACCUUAGAGAUAAAGACCACACGAAUACGCUCUACCAGCCUUGAGUCAAGAGAGCCAAGAGGAGAGCAGGGUUCCUGCUUGCCCACUUGUACUUCUCAAACAGAUUGCAUAGGAGCUCCACAAUAUAAGAAGCUCCAGAGGCGAUAUAGCAUUGGAGAGCUGGAUAACAGCACUAACACACCUGUGUAUGCUGAGGUGAGGCCAAAAGCCAAGAGUCUAGAGAAGGAGAUGGAAAGAGUGAGAGCCACAGGACUCAGGCUCCCUACCCCAGUAGAGCCAGUCCACACUCAGUCUCACCAGUCAGAGGGGAAGGGGAAAAAGGGUGUGUUUUUCAUUCAGGGCGAAGAGCUACUGCGUGAAAGUAAAGAAGGGACUAGCGAGGUGCUGCUGACCAUGCCCAGUGAAGACAGUGAUGACAAGGAUAAAUGCUGCUCAUUUUGUUUCUGCUACAGAAAGUGUGAAGCAGCAGAUGAAAGCAGUGAGAAGGAUGAGCUCUCAUACUCCAUACCCCUUCAGGUCCUUCCCGGCAUGGAGCUGGACUCUCGUACCUUUCCUGUAGUAAGCAAAACGCUCCAGGUUCUUAAUGCAGAGGACUGCAGUGCGGAAGAAGAAGAGGUGGAGGAGGAGGAGGAAGAAGAGGAAGAGCUGCAUAACCAAGAGAUUGACCUGAGAGCCUGUGUUACACUGGAAGGGAGCCUGGCACGGGUACAGGCUCUACAGGGGGAGAGUUUCAGCUUGCCUGAUGGUUUCCUUAAUGCCCAGUUGGAUGCUAAUGAAUUGCUUGCUAUUCUGCGUCAGUGUGGUAACAGCCCACAAGCUGAGGGAGAGGCUCGUCUUCAGCCCUCACAGAUUGCUGAGUACAAACAGGAGCUGGCCGUGCGCUUCAAAGAGUUCAGAGCAUCUUGUCGACGAGUGGCGAGUGUUGAAAAAAGUCCAACACGUAUGCUUGCUGUUGUCACCUCCAGCUUUCAAGUGUUAUGUGAACUUACUCAGACCUUCAUCAAAUUGGUCAGAGGAGUUCGUUCAGAAACCCAAAGGCUACAGCUGUUAAGAAAAGUUGAGGAAGUAGCUAUCAACUACACUUUACUUUUGCGUGCAGCAGAAGAAUCAAUGGGACACUCAAGCAGCUUGCCAACAAAGACAGUGAGCACUCCAGUUUCCUCCAACACCAAUAACAUGAGCUCACUCGCUCGACCCAUCAAAACUCUACCUGCCCAGUAGGAAUACACGUGGCAGGGAUGUCAUCAAAAUAGUCCAGAAUGUGGGUGGCUACUCUAUCCAAAUUCACUAUUUGUUUAUUGUUUACAUUUUUUACAAGACAUGCAAUGACUCAUCCUCAGUAAAAAAUUGCAAUGCAGCUGUUCCAUCCCAUGUUUACAGGCCCUGAGGUAGCCUCAUGGAUCUUUUUUUGAGAUAUAAAAAAACACAAAAACUAAUGCACAACGGAAUAAGAACCCUAUAACAGACUGGGUGAUACAGGGCUAAUCACCUCAUAUCAAUAUUCACAAAAAAAGAUAUGUCAUUAUAGUAUAAUAUUUUAUAUGUAAUGUAUAUUUGAGUUGUGUCUUCUUAGCAAAUAAUAUAAAGUUUUGUGAAGAAGAAAGUGAAGAAUAUAUUUGCAAUGUAUUGAAUUAAGAGAACUAUACAAAUUAUAUUCAAUCAUCAAAAAAAUAUAUGUAUCCUCUGGACAGAAAAUACUUCAGAGAUCUCGUCAAGUAGCGACUUCUGUAAAUUUCAUAGUCCAAAGCGUUGGUUGGUUAGAUGGUGAUGUGUUUGUUUGUUAAAUUCUCUAACUGUUGUAAUGCAAAAUGGAGAUCUCUGUUGGCUAUGUUGACAAUGUCUAGCGUAGUGAUACAAGAGUCCAAAUGUAAGUGACAGUGUUGGAAAAUGCAAAAAGCUGAAAGACAAGUAUGACAUUUAAAACUACAUUGACUGGCAGAGGCCCAUUCUCUCACUAUAACAGUGCAGGUAUCAAACACACCUGCUCAGAGCAGACAAUGUAGCAGAGACCCAAGUCACAGUCUUAUCCACCAUACAGAAAUGAGUGCUGUUACCUCACUCUGCUUUAGAGAAGGAAUACCCACACUGUAUUUAAUAACGCAAAGUGUAUUUUACACCAUCACUGAUCCAUAGCUCACUUGCAUUUCACUUGUCCUGAAUCAUAGAUUAAUCUACAGCCAUCUACUUGCAAGUGAGUAAGCUUAUCACUAGAAUUUUGCACAACCUCUGAAAUUAGCUAUGAGUGAAAAUGUAUCUUUUAAUGUUGGAUUAAGUGUUUUUUAUUCACUCUGCUGCAGAAAAUCUCACGAGUCCACACCGUCAGUUUUACAUAAUUCACCUCACCUCAAAGCUUACCAGUUUUAAAAAAUCCUUUGUUUUUAUUCAGGUUUUCAGAUACAGUAUAAACAUAUUUGCUUUCUAUGUGCUGUUAUACAUUGUGCAAUCUAGCAAAUAUAUAAGAAACACACAAAGUAGUUUUCUAUGUAUUUUAAUAAAACUAACACAUCUGU